CCUACAGUCAUCUCCUUCUCCUUUGAUGUGGGGAAUGGUCCCGUGGAAUUGGCCGUCCAUUCACCCACGCCCCUCAAUGACGACCAAUGGCAUCGGGUCAUGGCAGAGCGGAACGUGAAGGAGGCGGUGCUACAACUGGAUCUGAACUAUAGGGAAGCUCGUCCCGCCCCUCCACAGGGACACACACGGCUAGAGCUGUUUAGUCAGCUUUAUGUGGGUAAGAGAAAAAGAGAGAUACACACACACACACACACACACACACACCAACAUAAAAAUAGUACAAUACUGUACUAUUGCAUUUACAUUUCAUUCAUCAGUCAUUAUAUUUUAACUUUGCAAAGUUCAAUAAGUUGGCGAUAUAGUUUGUGCCAGUAUAACAUUAUGAAGACCCACAGUGUCUUUAUAUUCCCUUAAGUAGGUUCUCUGAAGCUUAGACACGACUGAUGAUAAUGAAGAUAAGACAUCACACUGUUUCACACACACACACACACAAAGUUAAAGAAUUAUGUAAAACUAACCUAAUUCACUUAGCCCUGACUCUCACUUUAUGACCGUGUUUGAGUAUUAACAGUUGCUGAGGAUUAAGACUUUUCAACUGCACACAGAGACAAUGAAUUGUCCUCAUUAUGCCCCACAGAAUGGCUCGACAUUUUCAUUGUGAUAUUCCUCCGCUCCCUCUCUUCUCGACACAAUGACUGUGAAGGUCAUUAGGAGAACAGAAGUUAAAGAUGGCUUUAUCUCUAUCUCUUCUUUUCCCUCUAUCUCACCCUGCUUUAUAUGGCUGCGGACCUGCCAAUACUUUAACACUGACGACAGGGAAUAAAACUGGAUUUAGGAUGGAGGGAAAAACUGCUGAGCUUGAAUUAUAUUAUAUUUCCUCCUUACUCUUUCUCUCUCUGGCUCUGAAAAGGUAUUUUUCUCUGAGAAACACUUCUAAAUUCCAAUCAGACAUUCCAAAGUCAGAUAGUUCUGAAUACCAAAAACACAUUUUAAAUUCCAUCGUCUCAUCAGUUUUUGGUGGUUUGGAUGGAAGAACAUUAUCACAUUGCAGAUUCCUGAAUGGCCGUUGAGACUAAUAAAGUUGUAUUGAAUUGAAUUGAAUUGAAGUAAAUAGAAUCGGUCCUUAUAUGCCACCGUUAACCAUACAGCCAUACAGGAAGAUAUUGAUUUGUGAUGGGAAACUUUAAUACCAGCUUAUAAAGAGUGAUAAAACUCACAGUAGACUUCUCCCCCACUAUCUCAUCUGCAUGUACAGUAGGUUUCAGGGGAACCAACUCGUUGAAUUACCCGUCAGGGAUCAAUCUAUCAAUCUAAUCGACAUCAGAUCAUCAACUUAACACAAUCAGUUCUUCCAUCACCUCCAUACAGCCAUGGGACCUAUUGGUUUAUACUGGAUCAGAGAGCGGUAUAAAUCUGACUGUGUGCUAGGCUAGGCCGCUGCCUCUCUAGUAGCUCAUCUGCAUGUGUCAGAGCAGCGAGGGUAUUUGCCUGGUCGGGGGAAAUUGAAUCAGGCUCAGAUGGGAUCUGCAGUGGGUGUGAUUUGCAUUCUAAAGCUGGUGUUUAAGCACAGAGGUACAGGGGAGAACACACCCCAAUAUCUCACUUAGGUGGUCCCUACAUUAUCUCGAUUAUUUAGAGUUUAUAUUAUAUGUUAUGUUUAAAAUGUUAUAUCAUAUUGCAUUAUUUCCUAUAUUUUCUGCAUGUUUUCGCUCACUUUCUCUUUCAUUUUCCAUGUUUUUCCUUUCCUGUUCUCUUUGUUUCUCUUUUUUAUUCAUUCCAUGUUCUCCUCGUCUCCCGUGUGUGUGACGGGCUCGGUCACUGCAUGUGCAUGUGCGUGUGCAUGUGUGUGUGUGUGUGUGUUUGUGAUGCAACUGUCACAGGGAAGCCAGCUUCGUUGACCUGCCAAGACAGUAGGUAACAUUUAAUAAAACUAGAUACAUAAAUAUGCAUGAUGAUUUUCAGUUCAUAUCCAUGCAGUCUUUUCCCAUUGACAUUCAUACAGUGCCACUGGUAGUUAUUUUGGACUGUGUCCAUGCCUGCUAAUGUCUCUCCUGGCCUUGGUUUGCUUAGUUUGGCUCAGAGAAAGAAGGUAUUCUAGAGGUCCACACUGGCCUAAUGGAUGGUGUGAGUGUAUGUGUCCCUCUAGGCAUUGCUGUCCUAAUGAAUAUAAUAUGCUAGUUCAUUAGCACAUCAUUACAGAGUAAUUUACCCUAUGGAGACAGAGAGAGGCCAGGAGGAGUGCACCACACACACACACACACAUAUACAUACAUACACACACACACAACACUGAUGUGGGCAACUCCAGUCCUGGAGGGCCACAGUGUCUGCCUGAUGUAAUCUCUACCUUUUAAUCAAAGCCUGAUGUAGACCUGGGUGUGUGAUAUCUCCAGCCAAUCAGCCACACUAAUUGAUCAAUUAAGUGCUAAUGUUAGGUUAGAUAGGGCUGGAGCGCCUCUCCUCUGGUCUGUUAAAUCACUGUGACCAUCAACUGUCAUAUAUCCCUAACUCAACCUCAAGGGAAAUUAUCUCUAUUCCUAUUCCAAAAAAGUAUCUCUCUCUGUACUCUCUUCUCUCUCUCUUUUCUCUAGGUGCAGCGGGGGGUCAGAGGGGGUUUCUGGGAUGUAUCCGCUCCCUCAGGAUGAAUGGCGUGACCCUUGACCUUGAGGAGAGGGCA